AUGGCCUCCAACCUCGGGUCGCUGUCGGCCGGGUCCUCACCCUUGGGCUUCCUAACGACAAAUCCUAUAGCAAAUGCAGUUUCCGAUGCAUAUAAGUCCUUUUCCGAACGACGAGCCAAGCUUGGCUUGUCGAAUCCCGGCUCCAUUGAGACACUCGCGAAAGAAGUUCAGCGCGAUGUUUCCCUUACCAAUUAUAUGCACUCCGGAAUAAGAGCAGACCUUACAAAGGCUAUUAGCUUAUCGCCUCUCUUCCAAGUGUCGCAUCAAUUUGCUAUGGGCGAGCACCAGAAUCCUUAUGCAUUUGCGGGACUCUUUGGUACCAAUGAUGUUUUCCUCCAAGGCAGCAUGGAUAACAGCGGCUUGUUGUCAACGCGAUUCAACUAUCGAUGGACCUCUGCGCUCACCGCCAAGAUGCAAUUCCAAAUAGGAGCUCAGGAUAUGGCCUCUAUUGAGCACGAGUAUGUCGGCAAGGACUUCACUUCUUCCUUAAAGAUGUUGAACCCUUCCUAUCUUGAAGGCGGGUUAACUGGUAUCUAUAUCCUCAAUCACUUGCAAUCCGUUACUCGUAAGCUUGCUCUCGGUAUCGAAGCGGUCUGGCAACGAGCCGCAUUAAACCAACCGCCCGAGUCCGUCCUAUCUUACUGCGCAAGAUAUAAGUCCGAUGAUUGGAUCGCAACGGCGCAAUUACAUGCUCAAGGUGCUUUAAACGCGACAUAUUGGCGGAAGAUCUCCGACAAGGUGCAAGCUGGCGUCGACAUGACCCUCCAGGCCGCCCCCAGUCCUAAUCUGAUGGGAGGUGGUCUGCAGAAAGAGGGUCACACAUCAUUCGGUGUUAAAUACGAUUUCCGUAUGUCAACGUUCCGCGCGCAGGUCGACACAAAGGGAAAACUGGGUUGCAUAUUAGAGAAGCGUGUUGCGCCACCUGUCAUGAUGUCGUUCUGCGCUGAUGUUGACCACUUCAAUCAAUCCGCCAAGGUUGGCCUUGGAAUCAGCAUCGAGUCUGGUGGUGAAGAAUUGCAGGAGCAACAAGAAGCUCUCGGCGCUCAAGCUUCGCCCAAUAUCCCAUUCUAA